AGGCGCUCCAGGGAUUUAGCGAGCAUGCCCAGUGCGCCCCUCUCAGCAACAGAGGAAACCACUGGUGCAGCAUAGGAGUCAUACCAAGCAUAGCCUGCGUGUCAGUGCAGUCGACUUACAGCUGGCUGUGAGGAGAACUGACGCUACUCUUUUAGUUUUUGUUUGCUCUUUAUCACCGCGAUACGUGUAUUUCCCCACCAAAAAAAAAAAAGAAAGUCUUAAACUCACUGCGGAUUUCUGUGGGGGGUGUUUAUUUUAUUAAAGCAAAAAAAAACAUUUUUCUAGACUAACUAAAGUUGGAGGCUGGGCCUUUUUUUUUUUUUAGCUUUUUGACCGUCGCUUUUCGAGAGAGAAAGAGAGAAAGAGAGAGAGAGAGAGGAGAAAAGAGGAGUUUUUUUUUCUUGCCCCCGUAAAAAAACCUCGAUAAAUGCUACUAACGAAAAUGGACCUGUUGAACUACCAGUACCUGGACAAAAUGAACAACAACAUCGGCAUCCUCUGCUAUGAAGGUGAAGCAGCUUUGAGGGGGGACCCCAGACUCCAGUCCUUGUCUCUGUCCUCAUCUUCCUCCUCCUCAUCGUCCUCUUCGUCGUCAUCCUCUUCAUCUUCCAUCUCCUCCAUCUCCAGCCACAGGACAGGUCCUCCUCCCAUCAGCCCCACCAAGAGGAAGCUGAGUGGGGACCAGGGGGACAGCGACAUGGAUGACAACGAGCAUGUGGCAAAAAUGAGCCGACUGUUUGCUGCACAGCUGAAACCUAAUGGAGACUACCGCAGCUCCCCUGUCUCCAAGGACCGAAGCCGGAGCCCCAUCGAGCGUGUGGUGGUGCCCAGUGCUCUGGGAGUUCACAGCAACCACCUGUACAGCCAUGCCCACCACCACCAUCACCACCUGGCCAGCUUAGCCGGUAUGGACCAGCCACUGGCACUCACCAAAAACAGCAUGGUGGAGUCGGCACGUAGCAGCACAGCAACCAUGGCCACAGUGCCGCACACAGUCAGCGCCGUGGAGCGCCAGCAGAAUCGUCCUUCAGUGAUCACAUGCGCCCCAGCCAACAACCGCAACUGCAACCUGUCUCACUGUCCAGUCUCCCACAACGGCUGCUCAAGCCUCACUAACAACUACAGGAGAAUCAACACCAACACAGCAUGUGACCCGGUGAUCGAGGAGCAUUUCCGCCGCAGCCUCGGGAAGAACUACAAGGAGCCCGAGCCCACCGCCACCAACUCGGUGUCCAUCACAGGCUCGGUGGACGACCACUUCGCCAAGGCGCUGGGCGAGACCUGGCUGCAGAUUAAAAACAAGGGGAGCCCCUCAUCGUCCGGCAGCAGCCCAAACUCCUCCCCUGACAGUCACAUGGUCAAUCACAACCACUCUCCUUCUGUGGUCUCCUGAAGGAGGAGGGGUUUAAGAGGGAUUUGCCCCCGUUUCCCCAAUCCCUCCCAACCACCCCCAGCUCCAACACCCAUGCCCCCGUCACUUUGGUCUGUCACCAGCAUCCCUGAGGGAAUGCCUGCCUGCUGGUCUGCUCAAAACAUCCAAAACCCUGAAGCCUGCUCUCUCUUUCUAUGCAGGAGGAUCAACCAAGCAAUAUAACAACAUGGUGUUUUUUUUGUUUUGUUUUUUAUCCUUCUGUGCUCUGGUGUGGCAAUGCCAGACAAUAAUCAGUAAUGAGUGAUGAGGGUUUGACUUUGGGACUUGAGUGGAGCAUCGAGCUGCUCCUUCCAAUCAUUCACCAUCCCUGCAAGCUUGGAGCUGAGCAAGCAUCUGUAGUUAUAUGUACAUAAAGAGAGAGAGAGAAGGCGGUGUUUUAAUUAUUAAUUUUCUUCUUUUUUGUUUGUUUGUUUCUUUAACAGUAGUUUUGUGUACUGCUUUUGCGUUACGAGAUGCCCGACAUUUGAAAGAAAAGAUAAGUGAGAAACACUUAAAGUCAUCACAAACCACCUGACUGUGCUACCAAAGAAACCUCAGACACUGAUGCUUAUCGACGCUCACCUAAAAAAACAAACAACAAAAAGCCAUUCGGUCUCUCCUCCCUCUGUUUUUAAUCUGUUCUCACUCUCUCGCCUUCUUUCUCUGUUCCUCUCUGUCCUGUGUAUGAGUUCUGAUGGUUUUGUUACUGUAUGUGUAUACUUUGGUGAUCGACUUGGUCUGAUUUGCACUACUGCCGUAGAGGGUAAAGGGUGGCAUGUCAAUACUGUAAUCUGGCACUGCACACACUGGGGCUGAUAAAGCUGAUUUUGAUGCAAUCUAGUAUAAUCCAGCUUUUGUUGGAACCUCUAUUUCAUCUCCCAUUAACAUUUUUCUUUUCUUUUGUUUGUUGUUUUUAAUCUACAAGCCACACUAUUAUACAUCGUUUGUUUUUUGAAAAACAGAAAACACAUAGCAGUGGGGCUGGGCAGUUUAAAAUGAUAAGAGAUAUGCAAAGUAAUCUGAAUUUGGACACCACGUGUUCAUUGUGCAAUUGCAGUGCUUGCAUGGUAAGAGAAGGUGGGUGGAAUAAAAGGUUGCUUGUAUUGACACAUUUGGCAACCACUGUCUCAAAACAAGACGUGUCCAAACCAUUGAUGAAUUGGAUAAUAGGAUAAAAAGGAUAUAAAUGAACAAGUAAACUGUGGGAGAAACUGGCAGCAACUCUGAAAAGUGUGAGAAGAAAGCAGCAAAUUGUUAUGUGGAAGUCCAAAUAUUUGGGAAGAAGAAAGACACAAUUUAAAUGAAUUCCAUAAUUGACACAAACAAGAAAACUGGAGUAGGAAUUAUGCGACUAUGGUGGUAAGAAUUUGUUCACCCACCUUUUUUUCCACUGUGUAAAUGUAGCAGAAAAUGUGUAUAACAUAGUGGCUACGUUCAAAUCAAAUCAGAUUUUAUUUGUAUAGCCCAAAGUCACAAAGUACAUUUUCCUCGGAGGGCUGUCCUUAGACCCUCGGUUCGAGUGAGGAAACUAUUUAAAAUAUAGUGAGAUACGAACCCGCCCAGACCUACGCCAGCUCUUACUGCAUAUCCUGAGCAACAACACAUAGAUCCAAUUAGUAAAUUAAGUGGUGUUGAUUGGUGUCUGUAAAGAUAACUAUAUUGUUGCCCCAACAAAAACAUACAAAACAAACAGUGCCAAAUCGUCGCAUUUCAUUUCACAAGCACAGUCAGGUUAUGGAGUCGGCUCACUGUGGUGCUGACGGACAUCACAGCCAUCAUGAGAGGAGAUCAGGACUGACUGACGGUUGUUCGAGGUUGUGCUCUGCUGAACAAUGUGCUUUGAUGUGGUUCACGGGCUUAACUGCUGACAGUGAUGAGGGGAUGACGCUGCAUGUCACUUUGUGGUUGGAAAAAAAAACAGAAACAAAAUGUCUGGUUUCUAGACCGGGGGAGAGAAGAUUAUUCAGAUCUCUUCAAACACACCUUUUGUUUUUUGUAACUCUUUGAACACAGGUGUAAUUAUAUCCGGCUCACACCCCGCUAUCCCUCCCUCUCCUUACACACUGUGGUUUGAUAGAUUUCUACAAGGUUUGAAGGGUAAACUAAUGCUUUUACAGAUGCAUGUCUUUUUUUGUUUGUUUUGUUUUUAAUAGCUGGUAUCUAUUAAUGUUUUAAGCAUUUCAAUCUUAACUACUAUUAGCCUUUUCAUUUGGACGUUAGUUGUUACUUCUUUCAUUGUCAGUAACAGACAUAGACACUAUACACUCACUGCUGGGUCAGUUGUACUCCAUAUUAUUAUUGUUAUUGUUAUUAUUACAGUUUUGUAUUUUUGUUUUCCAUUAAUAUCAGUAUGGUAACAAACAUCUAUAGUGGGACAGCCUCCGGACAGGCUCUGUUUAACGAUGAGAACUGGGUCUCUCAAAUCCAACCUCGACACGCCUGAACCGAUCAGCUCAUUCCCACAGCAGAGCAGCGACGGCUCUAGUGUCGAGUUGGCGUUGGGAUGCCCAGCCCGCGUAAAGGUUUUCUUAAGAUGUUGAUCCAUCGGUGGUACAGGAUGCUACAACCUUCAGCGUGACUGAGCUGAGACACCAAAUUGGCACACAUUAGUCAGCAGGGCCUCAUUUUCCCAGAAAAGCACAUCAGCCUGAGAUAAAAUGUACUUAAUUCUUAUGAGUGUUUGGCUUUAUCCACAAAAGUACAUUACAGAGCACAGGCUCACACUGCGAUGCUUCUGGGAAACAAGGUACUCUUAAUAAUAAGAGCUUGUGAUGGCAGCUCUCAAACAUCUUGCUGAUGUACGAGCUAACAAAGAUGAUGGCAAGUAAAAUACAACACUGAGCUGAUAAUUGGUCUGUAUUUAUGGCAUGAUGUCACAGCUCUUUGAACCAUCAUCAGUUGAUCUUUUGUGGCCCGAUUUGGUGUCCAGACCUUUUUGUUGUAUUUCAGUGCUUUCUUUUUCUGAACAGCAUUGUAUUGUCGCUGCAGUUAAGCUAGACUGCUGCAGUCUGAGAAAAUGAAUUUAACUCUGUAAAGGAGCCUGCGCCAAGAUGGCAUACAUUCCUCCAAUAGGGAACUUUGUACACACUCAGUAUCUCCAUAUCAACACACAGAGCUAAUAACCAGCCGACUGUCCCGGAGUUCCUUGCCGAUAGGGUUUUCAUGCGUCUUCAUCGGAAAUACCAGGUGUCCACUUUGUUUUGUUUUUUUGUCUUUGCAUCAAGCAAAUUGGCCAUAUUCAUAUAGUAUGAAAGGAACAAACAAGUAUUUCUGCCAUAACAUUUUUGAGGACAUUCGGAGCAUAGACUUUAGAGAACCGGGAUUAACAGCUGUUAUUUAAAAAAGUAGAGAAAUGUCUCUGAGCUGAGGUUUAAAGGUGACGAGGUUCAGGUUUGUUUGGUUUUGUACGAUCCGUCACGAGCCCUCCGUGUCCUCGAAUGUCCACACAUUCCAUCCUCAACUGUCAGAACUGACGGCGACACAGAAAUUUGAAUCAUAACGCAACUGCCAGUGAAUUAUAUACCUUAACAAAUGAGUAGUUUACGAUCUAAACGAGCUUUCUGUGACAGGUUCAGAGUGGUUUGGAUGAUGAUAUUUAGCAGGCAGGUGUUUUUUUUGUUUUUGUUUUUUUGGGUGGGGUCGGGGGGCGGCAGAGCUUCAGGAGCUGAGCUUCUGUAAACACGACCUGUGUGUGCCAGGAGACGUUCAGCUGCCACUGGAAGUCUUUUGAAGGUCUCACAGCGAUGCCUGCCCCCCUCCUCUCAGACUAAGUUGACCUUGAUUUAGGUUGGAUGUAGAACAUGCUAGAAAACACGAGGGAAAAGGGCUCAGUGUCCAGAGGAUUUUGUUUUUCUAUUAUUAUUCUUUCUCAUUAUCAUUUCACUACCACCUUGUAGGUAGGAGGCUCUCUUUCUGCUUCGGCACACACUCCCUACACACUGUAGGAAAAUCACUUAAUAAAAAAAAAAAAUACUUUUUUUUUAUAAUAGGUAACUAUAAGACCAUCAUUACGCUGUGCGUAACGAAUGUACAGAGAAAAAAAUCGUAGGUAUUUUUUGAGGAACAAUUAAUUUGUUAAUGAUAUGUAGCUAUUUAAUUGUUGGUUUUCCCUGUCCUUAUAUUGUAAUCAUUGCAUUUUCUUUUUUUUUUUUUUUUUUAAAAAAGUUGAUCUUUUUUGUUUAUAGAGUUUGUCUCGUUAGAGUAAAGGUUCAAGUGCAGGAACACAGCAAACGUAUGAAACCACAAUUUAGCCACUGGUGUGUCGGUGACAAUCGCUACUUCCAUUGGUCCCCGAAAUUCUGCAACCAUUUAACUUGUGUCCGAUCAUGUGACCUCCGAGACACCUGAACAAAAGUUUCACUUGUGUGAGCAAAAAGAGGUCGUCCUGUUGGAGGCCUCCCAAUUUGUUGCAUUGAUGGAACACAAUCAUUUCGCCACUAGCCCAGUGAGUCUUGCCGGCCGUUUUCAGAUUAUUUUAAAAAAUAACAUUAAAAAAAUCAGUCAUGGGCUAGCAGGCAGAUCAAAUUUCUACCACUGCAUGUAAGCAAUAUAAAUUGUGGGUUUUGAAGGUCUUUUCAUGGUCCACAGAUGAGAACUGAGCUACAAGUAAAACCAUCAGUCCACAUCAGAACAAACACUGAAGCUUAACUUGAGACAGCGUUUUCAUUUAUACUUUGGUUCAUCUGCUUUGUUGCCAGUCAGCGAGGCUGAGAUGAUCGAAGUAGCAAGUGAGCUUUGGGGAUGUCAUCCUUAUAUCUGAUGUUGCUGUUCUCAUCUGUGGAAGCCAUUUAUUUUAUACAGCUGUAAUCAAGUUAAACAUAAAAAAAAAAAGUGCAGAUAAAUCAAAGAGGCGUUGGUCUUUACUCUGACUUUACCACAUUUUCCAAGUCCUUUUUGAAGUGGAAGUAGCAUGUACUUAGUGGUAGUAAUACUCUGAACUGUAAAAAAAAAAAAAAAAAAAAAUUUGUAUCAAGAAAACAACAGUCAAUUUGUGGCUCUGUGUCUCCUCCUACUAAAAAGGUUUUGGCAGGCCACCUUUUUUGUACGUAAAGUAGCCUUGAUGAACAAUAAAAUGCUUUUAAACCAC